CGGCUGAUGACUCUCUAAACUCUCUAAACUUACUCAGAUUUCCGAGGAUCUCCUGAGGAUUUUGGUGACUUUUAGACAUCGAGCUCAUAGUUUAGGGUUCAGGAUAGAAACUGAAGGAUGACGGAGGACGUGGAGCGACGGAGAGGAACAUUUAAGCCCAUCCUUUUGUAAGUUAAAAGUGGCUGACAGAUGGACGAUAGCGUGAAUAAACAAUGAGUGAUACCCGUCUCACUGCAAACACGGCUCAGUGCCCAUUAAAGAAGAUCAUGCCAAAGUUAAAUCCUUAUCGAUCUUUGAGGCCUUAACGGAUCAUCUGAGAGAAAACUUCCGCUACUAUCUUCAUCUUUGUGGCCAUCAUUAUCAUCUUUUUUAAAGAGGUCAAGGUCUUGCUAUUUUAAUCAAUUUAAGUGGGUUCGGAAACAUUCAUAACGCCUGACAGGGACAAGAUCACCUUUUAAGCAGUGUUUUAGUGCAAAUCUGUCACAUAAACAAGCUACCAGUCUGCUGGAGGCGGCAACGUGACGGGUUGAUAGACUGCAAAAUCCCUUGAACCAGCACAGAUCAUCAUGCCAGAAGAGUCCCAACGUUUUCAGGAUGAGAGCAAACUUGGACCAGAAGGCCAGCCGGUGUCCUUAGUGCCAAAUAUUGUUGUUAUCGCCAGUAAUGGAAAAGGGAAAAGUAAUAUCUUGGAACUUGAUGACCUCAGUCAGGCAAGAGACAAUUUAAUACAUCCUGCACAAAGCAAUGCUGUCAACAUUUUACAAGGAAGUGACAGCACGUCGUCUCUCACUGGUGAGAAGGAGCCGGAGCUCAGUCAGUCCCAGGUUUCUGUUGAGGUGGGUGUGGUAAAAACAGCACUUGCCCCUGAACCUUUCAAGUCCAAUCCUUUGCUGAGAGGAACAGGCAUGACCCUACAGAGUACCGAUCGUGAUGUACCAACUAACUCACCUUGUGAUAUGCUGCAAAAGGACAAUGGCUCUACACUGCAAAUGAGCAGCUGCAGCGAUUCGGACUACAACAGCGCAAAGUCCAGCCCCGGCUAUGCUUGCACUUCCUUCAGCACUGAUAUCUGUGAUGGGGAGUUAUUGGAGCUUGAUGGUAAGUCAUUUGAAAAUGCAAACACCGGCUCUCCAGUCAGUCUGUCUGAGUUCAGUCCAGACACUUCGAGAUUAAAGAAAACCAGCACAAGCGGUCCAAAUGACGACGGGGGCGAUUCCACUGCAGACGUCACCGUUAACGCAAACGUGGACAACUCACUCGAUGGAAGUUCACCUGCAUUAGACAAUGUUUCGUUCGGACUUCACCAACCCAGAGACAGCAUCGAUGUCCGGUCUGACGACGGGGAGGAAGACGAUGACGGGCAGAGCACCCGAUCCAGGCGGAGUGUGAAAGAAGGGGUGUGCUGCUGCUAUCAGGCCUUCCACAGGGCUUGUCUUCGCUGUGUUGAGGAGACUCCGGCCAUGCUUUCUGGAUUGGUGCUGUCUCUGGUCUUCUGCGUGGUGAUCAUCAUUCUCAUUCCCACCACAAGAGGGGAGAACCUCUUGGCCCAUGUAGGCGCUCUGUCGGUGGUCUGUGUGGUUCUGUGUCUCAGCACGGUUCUGCUCGUCUGCCUGCCCUGGCUGGCCACAUUCAGGCGCUGCGGCGGGGCACUCGCCCUCUUUGUCUGGGGGACCCUGUACAUCACUGCCAUAGUCUUCAUCUUCACCGGGGGACCCGUGACGGCGUGGGAACAGGUAGCGUUUUUUCUCUUCCUCUCUCUGAGCGUGUACACGGUGCUGCCCCUCUCUCUGGCCUGGGCCCUCAUGGUUGGAAUAGGGACCAGCGUUUCACACAUCAUCAUCAUCAGCGUCUACGUCCCGGUCACCAGUCCAGACACACCAGAGCUGGCUGUGCAGCUGGUGGCAAACGCGGUGCUGUUUGUGUGCGUCAACUGCAUCGGGAUAUUUCACCUGUGGAUGACUGAACACGAUCUCAGGAUAUCCAAUCAGAAGAGGGAAGACUUCAGCGCAAUACGCUCCCAGAAAGAAAUAAGGAAAUACCAGCAGGAGCAGCUCCUCUUGUCGGUGUUGCCACGCUACAUCGCUGUGGAGCUGAAAACAGAAGUGAUAAAGAGGCUGUCCAAGCCCAAGACCGAUAAGGGGAACGAACCCAACUUCAACAACUUCCACAGUCUUUAUAUACGGCAACAUAAAGAUGUCAGCAUCCUGUACGCCGACAUCGUGGGCUUCACGAAGCUGGCAAGCACCUGCACACCGGAGGAGCUGGUGGCCGUGCUCAACAAGCUGUUCGGCAGAUUUGACGACAUCGCCAAGAAGAAUGGCUGUCUCCGGAUCAAGAUCCUGGGUGACUGCUACUAUUGUGUGUCAGGUCUGCCGGACUCCAUCCCCACCCACGCCAGGAACUGUGUGCAGAUGGGCCUGGACAUGUGCACUGCCAUCAAUAAACUUCGGGAUGCGACGGGGGUUGACAUCAACAUGCGGGUUGGCGUACACACUGGCAACGUGCUGUGUGGCGUGAUUGGCCUACAGAAGUGGCAGUAUGACGUGUGGUCACAUGACGUUACUUUGGCCAACCACAUGGAGUCUGGGGGACUUCCAGGGCGAGUCCACAUCACAGAGGAGACGUUGCAGCACUUGAAUGGCGCAUACCAGGUGGAGGAUGGAGAUGGAGGGUCUCGGGAUCCUCUUCUCAACGGAAGAAAAACAUACCUAGUUAUUGACCCCCACAAGCCAAACACUUUUUCACGGAGGCCUAACUCAUCCAACAGUCUUGCAACGGGAGAAAACAGGCAAAGGGCAUCCGUCCGGAUGUCUCAGUAUCUCCAGUCCUGGCAGACAAUCCACCCCUUCGCAGACCUGAGCAACCCCGAGGCUAAGCGCUCCAAGAAGCCAAUCCUCCCCAUCAAAGCUGUCAUGAAGCGGCCACGGCCACAGAAAAGAGACCCUUGUCAAAACAACACCAACGGUUUAGCUGUUGAUAACAAUGUGACGGGAUCCCUGGACACGAUGGACACUGCAGGGAGGAGAGCGAAGAAACUCAACUGUCUGACUCUGCUGUUUAACGACCUGAGCUUAGAGAGACAGUUCCGCCUUUCAGAGGUGAAGGGGUUGCACUACUCCAUGAGCUGCGUAGCUGUGAUAUUCGUCACUCUCUUCACUGUCCAGAUGCUUGUCUCUGAGAAGAACUUGGAGAUGGCAGUGUCGUAUGGCGUGACCUUCCCAGUCAUGAUUUUACUCCUCAGUAUGGCUUUCACCGGCUAUUUAGAGAAAUGGCGCUCCAAGAUGCCGUUGAAUGUCCAGUGGAUGUCGGAACUGUCACACGGCGUCUCCACCAAGGCGGCUCUGCGGCUCUUCGUUGUCACGCUCUGCGUGCUCAUCAUCCUGCUAAUGGCCAUCCUGAACUUUGUCAUCCCUAUAAAAAACAACAACGUGGUCACAAACAAGACAGAGCUGGAGACUCUCAGACUGUACACUGUGCCUUAUUACCUGUACUGCUGCCUGCUGGCCAUGUUGGGAGCCAUUGUUUUCAUCAAGAUCUGCUUAUCAGUGAAGGCCCUGCUGCUCACCCUGGCUGUGGUCGUGUACCUGGCCCUCUUCCUCUACGUUUACACGCCCAGGUCCCAGAGCCUCGUCAACCUGGCUUACAAUGGCACACCGCCUGGUGUCCUGAAGGACCCUCAAAUCAUGUCUGGGGUUUGGCUGGUCAUCUUUUACAUUGUAUGCCUCAUACUGGCCAGACAGGACGAGCUGGGGAGCCGGGUGGAUUUCCUGCUGGAGCGUUGCUUCCAGACAGAACGAGAAGAGAUGGAGACCAUGGAAAACGUCAACAAGCUCCUUCUGCAGAACGUCCUGCCACUCCAUGUCGCCUCUUGCUUCAUGGGCAAAACUGUUCGCAAUCAAGACCUGUACAGUCAGUCCUAUGAAUGUGUGUGUGUAAUGUUUGCCUCGGUGCCUCAGUUCAAAGAGUUUUACACUGAGAGCAGCGCCAACAGGGACGGCCUGGAGUGUUUGCGCUUCCUCAAUGAAAUCAUAGCAGACUUUGAUGAGCUUCUAUCGAAGCCCAAAUUUUCCUCCGUCGAGAAGAUUAAGACGAUCGGCAGCACUUACAUGGCUGCGGCGGGGCUGAGACAGGCACCUCCAGGAGACGAUAGAAAGAAGUGUGACAUGUCCUACAGCCACGUGCGCUCCAUGGUGGAGUUCGCCAUCGCACUGAUGAGCAAGCUGGAGCUAAUCAACACACACUCUUUUAACAGCUUCAAACUCAGGAUCGGAAUAAAUCAUGGCCCAGUGAUUGCAGGAGUCAUUGGAGCCCACAAACCUCAGUAUGAUAUCUGGGGGAACUCGGUCAAUGUUGCCAGUAGAAUGGACAGCACGGGGGUGCUGGACAACAUACAGAUAACGGAGGAGACAGCCCAGAUGGUCCAGACCAUUGGUUACGGCGUCACACUGAGAGGAAAAGUCAUCGUUAAGGGAAAAGGGGAACUUACCACUUACUUUAUCAAUACUGAUCAGUCAUCACCUCAGUUCUGAUCAGACAUUAAUAACAAUGCCAGCCUGAGGUCAGGCAGGAGCUGAAAAUUGACCCGGCCUACCAGUGUGUUGCAACUAACCCAACACUACAUGACUCAUUCUGGUUUUCCCACGGAGAGAAACGCGCUCAGUGGCAAGGACUCAUCGUAGAAGGCCCACCCUUCAAGUCACCAUGGACACCUACACUGACGAGAUGCUAAAACUGAUAUGCUGCAACACACGUCAACACGUCUGCUUCAUUCAUUUAAGAAGCAGCUUCCUUGGUCUUUUGGAUGAGACGUUAAAUAAAUUCCUGACUGUUGAAAAGAAUACACAAGAAUAUAACCGGCAGCUGAGGGCAGACAACCUACUCAUGGACCAGCCGAUGCCCAGUCAUGUUGCUUACUCUGUCUUUACUGUACUGUAUUUUACUAGUAGGCUGUAAUUUAAUAAAUAUUUUGAGGUUUUUUUUUUUUUGAGUACCCUUUAAAUAGCUGAAGUCCAUGCUUUGUACAGAUAGAAAACAAUGUUAAUAUACUGUAUAUUAACUGGAAAAAAACAAAGCACCAAAGAUGAUUUUCAAAAGGCAAAUGCAUAGUUUGCCCAAUGAUCUGAAUUAAUAGCAUUCACAGGGUGUUAUAGGUAUUUAUGUUUUAUUUUGUUGGGUUUUUUUUCAUCCCAAAGCUGGAAGAAGCAUUCAAGUGUUGGCUCCCAUCCUCUAUAAAUACAGUACACAGGUGAAGUGUUUUUAUUGAAAAUUGGAAAGAAAAUAAGGCAAAAGAGAUGUUUUUCACUUGUUGUAGUAGCAAAAGCAUGGGCUUUUCCAGAAACAUUAACAGGUUUUGUGAAAAAAAAAAAAAAAAAAAAGAAAUGGAUGUCUCACUGCACACUUUAUUCUGUUAAGAGCUUUGCACAACCUAACGCGGGUGAAAAUGUUACAAACCUCAAGGUUGUAUUAGCACUGGUGAAAGAUAGAUACUACCAUGGGGAUGUAAAAUAUACAAUCUGCUGCAAUGUUCUUCAAACUGACAUUAAUUGUACACUGUAAAAUGUCUCUGUAAACAUGCAGUGACAGAAUGGAAAAUUGGAUAAGCUUUUGAAAUUGCACUUUUUAAAAAGCUCUGCAUUGUAAACUAUUUUGGUUGUGUCUAGAGUAACUCUGUAACUGUCAUGUAUGCUUAUAUGAGGGAUGAUGAAAACUGUGAAUGAGAAAGAGAAGCUGCAGCAUGUUCCCUUUAAAAUAAAUAUUUUUCUAUUUUAUUUAUAAACUAAUAAAACAAAUUA